UUCCAAUAAAAAAAACACACUGAAAAUAAAAUUUCCGAAAAAACGCACUUAUAAUCACAACUGCCUGUCAUUCUGGGAAACCCUAGUUUGCUUUUAUUGUUUGCAUUCUCAGCAGAACUGUACACGGGAAACCCUAGUUUGCAGACUUUGGCCAACCAUGACUUUCAAGCGCAGGAACGGUGGCAGGAACAAGCACAACAGGGGGCAUGUCAAUUUCAUCCGCUGCUCCAACUGCGGCAAGUGCUGCCCUAAGGAUAAGGCAGUUAAGAGAUUUAUCGUGAGGAACAUUGUCGAGCAAGCGGCUAUUAGGGAUGUUCAGGAAGCCAGUGUCUACGAUGGCUACACACUGCCGAAGCUAUAUGCCAAGAUGCAAUACUGUAUCUCGUGCGCCAUCCACUCUCACGUUGUGAGGGUCAGGUCCCGCACCGACCGCAGGGUCCGUACCCCACCUCAGCGCUUUGCCAGACGCAGGGACGACAUGCCCAAGCCAGGGCAACCGGGGCAGGCUCCCCGUGUCCCGGGAGCUGGAGCUGCACCCCGUACCUGAACCCUACACAGUCUCCUUCACCAAUCCGAAUCCAUGUUUUGUAGUUUCUUUUCGGAUGCUUUUAAAGCUGUGAUAUUUCUACCCCCGAACUUAAAAUGCCGUGACAGGGAUACUAUGCACCAUCCAGCCAGUUCCUGUUUCCGACAGAAGAAGUGUUGUCAAGUAAUCAAAUUUUGUCCGGAAUCUAAUUAAAAGUCACCAUAGAACUAAGGGUUAGAACUUCAGUAUUUCAAUAGACAUUUUUUGCUCUCCAUUUUUAUUUAAUUUUUAUCGCCUGAGUUUGGGGCAUUGUCGGAACCAAGUAUCCUGACUUGCCCUGAUAAUGUGUUUCCGUAUCUUGUCUA